AAUAACCUCACAUUAAGGGUGCAUCAUAGAUUAUUUUGUUUUAGUUAUUGAUAGAUGUCACCUUCGUCCAAUACCUCUAUUCCUGACCUUUUCCCGGACUUUCUUUUGUGUAAUAUUAUUAAAAUUGGAUCAAUAACUUUCACUAUGCAACAGCAACUCUAAUCUCAGACUAAUAUUGGAAGAAAUGUAGGCUGCAGAAAUUACAUUGUAAAAGCAGUACAUUUUUAUCGCAGAAACAUCUAGAUUUUUACUGAGUAUUUGGGAUCCAUUUCGUCCAGUGUUUUAUCUAAUGUGACAUCGCAUUUGACUAAGAUAAGCAGCUGUACGCUAAGCGCGAGAAGGGGCGGAUCAGUCGAUGAAGGGCGAAAGGACAAGUGUACCGCUGCGAUAAACGAAACGAAAUCCAAGAUUUGGCCACGAAUUACAGCUUUUGUAGUACAUCAUUGGCGAAAUAUGUAUGAUGUUAUACAUGGGGAUUAACACAUUAAUGGAGAGGAUCUAAUCGAAUUAGAAACGAAAGGUGAACAAAGUCACAAAGUCACAAGAAGCUCAAGGAAGGACAUACCAAAAAUAUAAACCAAUAAAUCCAAUAGAAACUAGACACUGAGAAAACAAUAUGUCUCAACAAUAUGCCCAGGAUUACGGCCAGGCAGUGGGGGAGGGUGUGGCAAAAGGAGCCGCAGCAGGGGCACAGGAACAAGCUUCAGGAAUGUGCUCUUGUAACGUCCUAGAUAGAGAAUUCGUCAAGAGUAUUCCUGGCAUCUUGAAAGUUGUACAAAUGGUCCUGUCUCUUAUAGGCUUCAUAUGUGUCACAACAGGGAAUAAGUUAAUUUGUCCCUACGGGUCAGCAUUUGGCUGGUACGAGUUUGUCUCAAUGGGUGCAUUCUGGUCAACAUUCGCUCUGUAUUUGCUUUAUCUGUUGAAGUGUCAAGAUAGAUGCUGCGCUUGUCCUUGGCUCAACUGGAACUUUAUAGAGCUGAUUUACCUAGGAAUAGUUAUAAUAUGCUGGUUUAUAGCUGCUAUUGUGAUGGCAGUACAGAACUGUGGACAAGGCGGCUUCCAGGCUGGGUCUGCCUUUGGAUUCUUCGCAUUAGCAGCUUAUGGGGCCAAUGAGUACUUCGUUGCUAGGACCUGGUGGGCAGCCCGCCAAGAGGCAAGAAAUGGUACAACAGGGGGUACAGGAAAUCUUGACCCAAGCCAACCACAGUUCUCUGACCCUGAGAUGGGAGGUAACAAGUAUUAAAGAUACUAAGCCCUCAUAUCUGAAUAUAUGCAUUCAGGGUAGUUAAAUGACAUUUCCAACAGUUCAUGGACAUUUUCAACAGUCUAAGGACAUUUUCAACAGUUAAAGGAUAUUUUCAACAGUUCAAGAACAUUAUUAAUAGUCCAAGGACAUUUUAAAAAGUUCAAGGACUUUUU